GUGGACCUGCAGCAGAACCCAUGGGAGUGCAACUGUGAAGCAGCUCCGCUGAAGCGCUGGCUGGAGGGGCUGAGCGCCGUGGUGGUGGUGGGAGAGGUCGUGUGCCAUUCCCCAGAAAAGACCAGAGGCGUGGACCUGCGCUCCCUCUCCAUGGAGCUGCUCUGCCCUGAGCUGGAGCCCCAGGAGGAUCAGGAGCACGAGGAGCAGACGGCCACCUCCUCCAGCCCAGACCCAGGAGUGUCAGCCGACUACCCCGGCUCAGACCUGGGCCCUCUGAUCCCCCCAGGGAAAGAUUCAAUCCCUCUGUCGGUGUUAGUGCUCAGCCUGCUGGUGUUGUUUGUCUCCGCAUUCUUUGCAGCUGCGGCACUAAUCGCCUACGCCCUGAGGAGGAGGGACAAGCUGCCAUUCCGCCGCCAGGGAGAGGUGGAUUUGGCGGGCAUGGAGUGCGGAAUCUUCACGGAGCAGACACACCACCACCAUCACCACGGUCUCCCACAGACGCCGCCACCGCUACAACCGCCGGAGCAUAACCACGUCUACGACACCAUCCUGCCCCCCGAUUCUGCCCCCAAGGGUCCUGACCCCGCCGCGCACAUGUGCAACAAUCCAAUCUACAAAGAGGAGCAGGACGCAGCCGUGAAACAGCGCUCGCCGCCACAGCUACAACAGCCGAGCGAGGCAGGGUAUUGCCCCGCGGUCGAGAAAGAUCGGGACUGGAGUCUGGAGGUGUCGUCAUCACCCAUCAGCACCGUCACCGGAGCCAUGGGUCCCCUCGCCGGCCUCCAUGGCAACGGCAUCCUCUGCCCGACAGUCAUCGACAGCCAGGGUCCCACUCCGAAGGUGGAACUGGUGGACUGCCUCUUCAGAAUCCCCGCCCCAGAGUUCCGAGACCUGCCAGACAGGUACGCGAGGCCGCCGCCCCGCUAUCCUCACCCGCAAGACUCGGCUAAGCAGGACGCCAGAGCCGAACUCAUCGUAACCACUGCCAGCUCCAGCUCCAGCGGUGCCGGCCAGAGCGAGCAGGGGGCGGCAGAACCCAGGGCCCGGCUCAGGACCACACCGGACUACAUGGAGGUGCUGGACCGGUCAUACCAGUUUUAACCGAGCCCCUCCCCCCUCUUUCUUCUCUCCCUGCAACCCCUCUUCUCUCGUCUCCUCAUCAUCUCCCUCUCCGGUGAUGAAUCAUCCAGUAACAAUGACUCGUGUACAGAGGCUGCUGUGGCUUUCAGAGGGGCCUGUGGGGGAGUGGGACUACACUACAUGCUAUGUUUAUUCCUGGAUAACCAGUUGAGGUGACUUUUUGUAUUUUCCCCACGACUGGCAGUAGUAUAGGUUGGUAUUUGAAAGGAUUAGCCGAUCCCAGAUCUCUGCCUGGAGGCUCAGCUGUAGCUACAACGGUAUUUUUUCCUCCAUUGCGCCUCAUAAAAAGCACUGAGGCUGCAAGCUUCAUUUUUCUACAGCGUGGCAUGGUUUGCGUUAAUGUGCACAUGAUCACUCUCAAAAGGACCCGUGUGGAAGGUGAAGUGCACCAGCUCUUGUGACAUCAAACACAGUCAUAAACUGUGACAGAAGCUGGGCCGAUGACGACGGCGUCAGAUGGAGAAAACGACGAGACAAAGAGGGAGAGAAAUGACUGAAAUACAGCCAAGUGCCUUAGCAAUGAACAGCCAGCAGUGUGGUCAAUGCUUAUUUUUCUAUGAAUACAGAUCUAUUUAUCUAAACAAAGAGGUUUGACUACCAAUGGAUGGGACGCUGAUAGACGAACGAGACUAAAACCAAUCAAAGCCGCAGAUAAUUGCAUUCCCUGGAUGAGCCAAAAAUAUACCCAGUCAAUAUUGGACUUGUUUGUAUGCAGUUCAUUUCAGUUUCCAUCUCAUCCAGCUCACUUGAUUUACUUAUCCAGUUGAAUUUUUUUUACGGGGCUAGCUAGAUGAUGGACAUUCUCUGACUUAUCCAGGAAUAACUGGUUGCUGUGUGAAUUUCUUUCUUUUUUUCUUUUUUUUUUCCCCUUUUUUUUUUGGAAUGCAAGAUACAACAUUAGAAAGACCAACUUACAAAAAGGACGUGGCAAUGGAUGCAUUUUAGAUUCCUUAAUCACCCAGACUUAACGGGGCCAUUAGGAUCUCUGCUUUCCUUUCGUCAGACAAAGGCACCGAGGUUAUUGUAUUGAUUUUGAAGUAUUUCUCAGAGGAAAAUUGAACGGCAAAAAAAAGAAAAUGAAAAUGAAAACAAUAGA